ACUUGCCGCCAACUCCAGUCCUUCCUUCCACACAACCGCCAAGAUGUCGCUGGUUGUACCUGAAAAGUUCCAGCAUAUCCUGCGUUUGAUGAACACCAACAUCGAUGGCAGGCGUAAGGUUAUGUUCGCCAUGACUUCCAUCCGUGGUGUUGGUCGCCGUUACUCCAACAUUGUCCUCAAGAAGGCUGACAUCGACCAGUUCAAGCGUGCUGGUGAAAUGACUGAAGAGGAGGUUGAGAAGAUUGUGACAAUCAUGAGCAACCCCCGCCAGUACAAGAUCCCUGAUUGGUUCCUCAACAGGCAAAAGGACAUUAAGGAUGGCAAAUACAGCCAGGUGAUGUCCAACAACUUGGACACAAAGCUCCGUGAGGAUCUUGAGCGUCUGAAGAAGAUCCGUGCCCAUCGUGGUCUGCGUCACUACUGGGGUCUCCGUGUGCGUGGUCAGCACACCAAGACCACUGGCAGGCGUGGUCGCACUGUUGGUGUGUCUAAGAAGAAGUAAAAAAACUAAUACAUCUUAUAGGGAAA